AUGAUAAGCCCGGCCAAUCCAGCCCGCACCGUCGUGCGUGGCUUUACGGGCACUCCCGUUACCUCUGGAGACGAAGAUUCCGACUAUGGUGCCUCAGAGACCCCAACCCUGGCUUCUCGAAGCGGUCGAACCCGGAUCGACGACUUUGUCAGCGCCAACUGCAGCCCAGUUUUGAAGGCGGUGCCGUCUCCAACCGUGUCUGGUAUUGCGAAACUGCGAAUGCAAAUGGACCACUUCAGUCUCGACACGUCUUCGCGCUCAAGCUCUGUAGCCCGAAACGGUGGUCGUCCCGAAGUUCGAUCUGGAAUCACCACAGAGCUCAACAGUCGCGCCCAAAGCCGGGAGGGAGCACGCAGUGAAGCGGGCAGCGAUAGUUCAGAGUGUGGAUCGACCAGCUACGAGGUUACCCUGGAGAGUGAUUUUGUCAGCGAGAGUGUCCGGGAGCGAUCUGGCUUCGUUGAAGGCGGCUUAAACCCAAAGCGUAAGAUGACUUCGGAGGAAUUCGAGCCCCUCCGUUGCUUGGGUAAAGGAACCUAUGGCACUGUCCUCCUCGUCAAACAGCGUGCGACCGGGAGGCUUUAUGCGCAGAAACAGCUCAAGAAGGCAUCGCUAGUCGUGCACAGGAAGCUCAUUGAGCAGACCAAGACGGAGCGCCAAGUACUCGAAUCCGUGAGCCGACACCCGUUUGUCGUGAAGCUCUACUACGCCUUCCAGGACCUCGAGAAACUCUAUCUCAUUCUGGAGUACGGACAGGGUGGAGAGCUGUUUACUCACCUCAACACGGAAAAGAUGUUUUCCGAGACGGUGGCUGCUUUCUACAUGGCAGAAAUGUUGCUCGCCAUCUCUCACCUCCACAACAACCUCGGAGUUGUGUAUCGUGACCUCAAGCCGGAGAACUGCCUCUUGGACGCCGACGGUCAUUUGCUCCUCACAGAUUUUGGUCUGUCCAAAGUGGCUGUGGAGAAAUCCGAGGACAGCUGCAACUCGAUUCUCGGGACGGUUGAGUACAUGGCCCCCGAAGUGAUUCUUGGCAAGCGGUACGGGAAAGCCGUAGACUGGUGGUCCUUUGGUGCACUGGGCUACGAUCUCAUGACGGGCAACCCGCCGUUUCGAGGCCAGAACCACGCCAAGAUCCAGGACAACAUUGUCAAGCAAAAGCUCGUCAUGCCGUACUUUCUGAGUCCCGAUGCAAAGGACCUGCUCACGCGGCUUUUGAGAAAGGAUCCCCACAAGCGACUGGGAUACUGCAUGCCCAAAGAUUUGCUGACUCUCAAGAAGCACCGGUUUUUUCGCAAGAUUGACUGGAAGAAGCUCGAGGCUCGGGAACUGGAACCGCCCAUCCAGCCCAUGAUUACAGACCCAGAGCUUGCUGAGAACUUUGCCCCUGAAUUUACAGACCUGGCUCUCAGCCCGUUGGUGACGUCUAAAGACGUGUGGCCGAUGAGCGGAUCGACUAAGGAUGAUGUGUUUGGGGGCUUUAGCUUUGUGGCAUCAUCGAGCCUACUUGAGAGCGGCAUGUUCUCAUUGGCCAAUGGUGUGUAA